AUGAUUAUAGACAAAGAGGCGGCGGGCCGGCGGGCCGGCGGGCCGGCGGGCCGGCGGGCCGGCGGGCCGGCGGGCCGGCGGGCCGGCGGGCCGGCGGGCCGGCGGGCCGGCGGGCCGGCGGGCCGGCGGGCCGGCGGGCCGGCGGGCCGGCGGGCCGGCGGGCCGGCGGGCCGGCGGGCCGGCGGGCCGGCGGGCCGGCGGGCCGGCGGGCCGGCGGGCCGGCGGGCCGGCGGCGGGCCGGCGGGCCGGCGGGCCGGCGGGCCGGCGGGCCGGCGGGCCGGCGGGCCGGGGCCGGCGGGCGGCGCCGGCGGGCCGGCGGGCCGGCGGGCCGGCGGGCCGGCGGGCCGGCGGGCCGGCGGGCCGGCGGGCCGGCGGGCCGGCGGGCCGGCGGGCCGGCGGGCCGGCGGGCCGGCGGGCCGGCGGGCCGGCGGGCCGGCGGGCCGGCGGGCCGGCGGGCCGGCGGGCCGGCGGGCCGGCGGCGGGCCGGCGGGCCGGCGGGCCGGCGGCGGGCCGGCGGGCCGGCGGGCCGGCGGCGGGCCGGCGGGCCGGCGGGCCGGCGGGCCGGCGGCGGGCCGGCGGGCCGGCGGGCCGGCGGCGGGCCGGCGGGCCGUUUUGUAUUAA